AAAAUCUAGAAGAGAGAGAGAAGCUUCCAUUUAGCCUAUAGAGAGAUCCGUGGAGGAUAAUUUCUAGCAGACCGACCGAUCUGUCGUCUACGAAUCUCUGUCUUUGUCGGAACCUUUUGAGUUGUCUGAAUCAUAAAAAAAAAAUGGGUUUGUGGGAUGCUUUUCUCAAUUGGCUUCGCAGCCUCUUCUUCAAGCAAGAGAUGGAGCUUUCAUUGAUUGGUCUUCAAAACGCAGGAAAGACUUCACUUGUUAACGUUGUCGCUACCGGUGGGUACAGUGAAGACAUGAUUCCUACGGUUGGUUUCAACAUGAGGAAAGUGACAAAAGGAAGCGUCACCAUCAAACUAUGGGAUCUCGGUGGUCAACCUCGGUUCCGCAGCAUGUGGGAGCGUUACUGCCGUUCUGUUUCCGCCAUUGUCUAUGUGGUUGAUGCUGCUGAUCCUGAUAACCUUGGUGUGUCCAAAAGCGAGCUUCAUGAUUUGUUGAGCAAGACGUCGCUUAGUGGUAUCCCUCUUCUUGUCCUUGGUAACAAAAUAGACAAGCCUGGAGCUUUGUCUAAAGAUGACUUAACCGAGGAGAUGGAGCUCAAGUCGUUUACGGAUAGAGAAGUCUGUUGCUUCAUGAUAUCUUGCAAGAACUCUACCAACAUUGAUCAAGUGAUUGAUUGGCUUGUUAAGCACUCCAAGUCAGCUAGCUAAACAGAACCCUUUUGCAAGCUCUUGAUCUUUUCUCAGUCUUCCUGUGCUCUGUAUAUUAGAUUUUGAUUGGUUUUCUUCUUCUUAAGCAAUGAGAUUCACCUUCUUUCA